UCCUUCUUCUGCCAUUACUCUGAGCUCCACCGUGCUCCGCCACUUCACCGCUCUCCAUUCCGGCGCCGGUUUAUUUGUUCAGUGAUAUAGGGGCGACACAUGUGAGAUUGACCAAAUAUGUCCCUUUCAUACAAUACUUUCUCCCAAGUCCUUACCCCAGUACCUCCCUCUCAUCGUUUCCUAUUUCCGGCCAAAAUCCCAAACUACUACAAGCUCCCCGGAUUUCACCGACGCCUUCUGCUAACGGUAGCCGUUAGAGCCAAGCCGAAAGAUCUUAUCUUAGGUAACCCAACGGUUACAGUUGAGAAAGGAAAGUACAGCUAUGACGUUGAAACCCUAAUCAACAAGCUUUCAAGCCUUCCGCCACGUGGUAGUAUUGCCCGGUGCUUGGAUACUUUCAAAAACAAGCUUUCUCUCUCUGACUUCUCCCUAGUGUUCAAGGAAUUUGCUGCCCGUGGGGACUGGCAGCGUUCCCUUCGCCUCUUCAAGUAUAUGCAGCGCCAGAUAUGGUGUAAGCCUAAUGAACAUAUUUACACACUAAUGAUUGGAAUUUUAGGCCGUGAGGGCCUUCUUGAUAAAGCCUUUGAGAUAUUUGAUGAAAUGUCUACUCAUAGUGUGGCACGAACGGUAUUCUCUUACACUGCUAUUAUUAAUGCUUAUGGCCGCAAUGGGCAAUACGAAACUUCUCUUCAACUCCUUGAAAAAAUGAAACAAGAAAAUAUAGUUCCUAGUAUUUUGACUUAUAAUACAGUUAUUAACUCUUGUGCUCGAGGUGGGUAUGAAUGGGAGGGUUUAUUAGGUCUAUUUGCUGAAAUGCGACAUGAGGGUAUUCAACCGGAUUUAGUUACGUACAAUACUUUGCUUAGUGCUUGUUCAAGUAGAGAAUUAGAAGAUGAGGCAGAGAUGGUUUUUAGGACGAUGAACGAGGCUGGGGUUUUGCCUGAUGUAACUACAUACAGUUAUUUGGUGGAGACUUUUGGGAAACUGGGGAAAUUGGAAAAGGUCUCAGAAUUGCUCAUGGAAAUGGAGGCUGGAGGUACAUCGCCCGAGGUUACCUCGUAUAAUGUCUUAUUGGAGGCUUAUGCACAUUUGGGGUCUAUGAAAGAGGCUAUGGAUGUAUUUAGGCAAAUGCAGGCAGCUGGAUGUGUGGCUAAUGCAGAGACUUAUAGUAUUCUGUUGAAUUUAUAUGGGAAAAAUGGGAGAUAUGAUCAGGUUAGGGAGCUUUUCCUUGAGAUGAAAACGAGUAAUACAGAGCCAGAUGCGGAUACAUACAAUAUUCUCAUUCAGGUCUUUGGUGAAGGUGGUUACUUUAAGGAGGUGGUAACAUUGUUCCAUGAUAUGGUUGAAGAGAAGGUAGAACCAAAUAUGGAGACUUAUGAAGGGUUGAUAUAUGCCUGUGGAAAGGGAGGGCUUCACGAAGAUGCAAAGAGGAUUCUGCUACAUAUGAAUGGACAAGGCCUGGUGCCUAGCUCUAAAGUGUAUACUGCUGUAAUUGAAGCUUAUGGACAGGCGGCGCUGUAUGAGGAAGCAGUUGUCGCCUUUAAUACGAUGAAUGAGGUAGGAAGCAGGCCAAUGGUGGAGACUUUCAAUUCUCUGAUCCAUACAUUUGCUAAAGGGGGACUUUACAAAGAAUCUGAAGCAAUAUGGUUUAGAAUGGGUGAGGUUGGAGUUCCCCGGAAUAGGGACUCUUUUAAUGGUUUGAUUGAAGGUUAUAGACAGGGAGGUCAGUUCGAAGAAGCUAUAAAAGCUUAUGUUGAGAUGGAAAAGGCAAGAUGUGAUCCAGAUGAGCGAACGCUUGAGGCAGUUUUGAGUGUUUAUUGCUUUGCAGGCCUAGUUGACGAAAGUGAGGAGCAGUUUCAGGAAAUUAAAUCACUGGGCAUUCAGCCUAGCAUCAUUUGCUGCUGUAUGAUGCUGGCAAUUUACUCAAAAAGUGAGAGGUGGGAUAUGGCCCGUGAAUUAUUGAAUGACGUGAUGACAAACAAGACUUCCGAUAUGCACCAAAUUAUUGGCCGAAUGAUUCACGGAGAUUUUGAUGAUGAAAAUAAUUGGCAGAUGGUUGAAUAUGUCUUUGACAAACUCAAGUCAGAAGGAUGUGGUUUGAGCAUGAGGUUCUACAACACUCUUAUAGAAGCACUUUGGUGGUUAGGCCAGAAAGAAAGGGCUGCAAGAGUGCUGAAUGAAGCAACAAAAAGGGGGCUAUUCCCUGAACUGUUUCGAAGAAACAAACUUGUGUGGUCUGUGGAUGUUCAUAGGAUGUGGCCUGGUGGUGCAUGCACUGCAAUAUCUGUUUGGCUCAACGAUAUGGAAGAGUUGUUUCAUAAAGGCGAGGAGCUUCCCCAACUGGCUUCUAUUGUAGUCGUACGAGGUCAGACGGAGAAGAGUUCAGUAACUAGGGAUUUGCCAGUUGCUAAGGCUGCAUAUUCUUUUUUAAAGGACACUGUUUCAUCAUCAUUUAGUUUUCCUGGGUGGAAUAAGGGGCGGAUAGUCUGUCAAAGGACUCAGCUCAAACGCACUUUUUCUAGUGCCGAACCAUCCGCAGAAGCUUCAAAAGGUAACAGACUAAUUCCUUUAAGUAACUCUCCCAUUUCUCUUUUGGGAACACAAACAUCCAUGAGUGAUGCAAAAAGAUCAGAAAGUGCGAACGCUGACAGUGAGAGAAGCACCAGACCAGAUCCAGAACUCAUGGCGAGCAGUGUUUGAACAGAUAAAUGAGAUAUUUUAACGUGUUCUGCUUGAUGAGUUUGCAUUGGGUUUUGACCUACUGAAUGAGAACACAAAGUUACCUG